AUGUAUAUGCGUACCCCAUUGAAGGACGAAUCCGAGAACUCCUGGCGACACUUAUUAUGCUCUGAUACGAAUGCGACCAAGGCAAAGCAGUUUAAGAAGUUAUUCGAAGAAAUUGAAGGUCUGGAAGUGGAUGUUUUGAGAUUGGUUGGGGGAUCGUUGAGUAGUCUUUCGAUGGGUAAAGUGGAUGGUGAGGGGUAUUCGAGGUCGUCGAUGUGGUGUCCGUUGACAGAAUUGAGGUUUGAUACGGGGUGUAUGUAUAAGGUUGGACAGUUUGUGAAGAGGUCGAAAUUGGGUGAUACUUGA